GGGCGCUGCGCCUGCGGGAGCAAGCCUCUGCCCACCAGCCUGCGCUCUGCCCUGUCCCUCCGGUGCUGAUUGCAAGGGAGCUUGGAGAUCGCCCGUGGCCCGGGGACGGGCACGUGGAGCUCUCUGCUGAGGCAGGAGGGAGCUAAAAGCCUCCCAGGAGUCUGACUGGGAGCAGAGCCCUGUGCCCAGUCCCACUGGGAGAUGGCAGCUGGCAUCCAUCUGCCCUGCUUGUGUCCCCAGCCAGACCUGGUGGAGCGCCUCAUCUCCGUAGACAUUAGUCCCAUCUCAACCGCACCCGUCUCCGAAUUCUCUGCCUACAUCUCUGCCAUGAAAUCGGUGAAGAUCCCAGAUGGCCUGUCCCGUUCUGCGGCCCGCCAGCUGGCUGAUGAUCAGCUGCGUCCGGUGGUCCAGCUCCCGCAGCUGAGACAGUUCCUCCUCACCAACCUGGUGGAGGCAGAGGGCCGCUACAUCUGGCGGGUGAACCUGGAGGCUAUUUCCCACCACUUGGCAGAUAUACUGAACUUCCCUGUCUUCCACAAGCCAUAUCCUGGCCCCGCGCUCUUCUUGGGAGGAUCCAACUCACCCUAUAUCAGCUCCAAAGACCACCCAGAGAUCCAACGCCUCUUCCCCAGGGCGGACAUCCAGUACAUCAAAGGUGCAGGCCACAUAGUCCAUCAGGACAAAUUUGAAGAAUUCAUCACUGCUGUCCUCAAUUUCCUGCCGCCAUUGUAGCGCUGGGGGACCAAGGUUUCUGCAGGCACCAUGUAGGACCCGAGGAUCUCUGGGCAGUGACGUGGGGCUCCGUGAAAAGGGGCUCGGUCUGGACCAGCUGCUGACUUUGUGGUCUGAUCCUGCCUGCAAGGCCUUUUCCCACCCCGGGUCGCCUGGAGCCGGAGCAGAGAGACACCUCCAUCCCGCUGAGCUCUCCUGCUGCCUCCCAGGGACGUGGGCUGGCCCUGACCCAGGACCCUGCCCUUCCUGCACAGCCUCUCCUGCAUGCGCUGGAGCAUCUCGGAGGCUGGGAGGAGACAGGAGAGCCCUCGUUUUCCUGCUGCCAGACCACCGGUUGUGGAUCUGGCUGUGACUUUGCAGAACAUGCAAUAAAGCUGAACCCAUG